AGAUUGGUUGGCUGUUCUUUUUUGUUAUUCUACCUAAUCAUUUUAAGAGCCCCUUCCCCCUAAACAUGUGAUACAUUGCUCAAGAUGGAACUCGCUCCCUCAGGCUCAGCCCAUCCAUAGCCCUAACUGAUCGAUCACUGCAACCACUAUUUUGAAGUUGCUGAGAUGGCGGUGUGGUGGCUCCAAUCCGAUGCACCUCCCUUUUUCACAACGUCGUUUCCGGCCCGGAUUCGGCGAUUUAAAUCUGUAAAUAAGCCGGGCCAUCAAGAGUUUUUUCAGUUUCUGACAGGCCAAUAAAUUCCCAACCCACCCAGCAUUGUUUUUUUUUUUUUUUUUCUUCUGCUCACCCCCUUCCGAUCAGUCCAACUGAUCAUCCCCUUUUCCCUGUUGACCGUCCUCUUUUCUCAUCUGACCGUUUACAGUCUCAGACCUUCCUCUUCCUCUCACACAUCCCAUUGAAUGUUGAGAGCUCUAUUCAAGCCCUCAUCUCGUGUCUUGAGCUCCAUCCUCCAUCCUCGCACCCUAUCCAGCAUGUCUUCUCCUCCCGGUGGUAACAAGCUUUUUGUCGGCAAUCUCGCCUGGACGACCGAUUCCGGAUCCCUGAAGUCUGCAUUCGGCCAGUUUGGUGACGUUGUCGAUGCAAUCGUCAUGCAAGAUCGUGAAACCGGCCGAAGCCGUGGUUUUGGCUUCAUCACGUUCAAAGAAGAGGCCGCUGCUCCUGGAGCCAUCGAAGCCCUGAAUGGUCAGGAGCUUGACGGCCGAGAAAUUCGGGUUAACUACGCCAACUCCCAAACCGGUGGUGGUGGUGGCGGCGGCGGUGGCCAACGACAAGGUGGUGGUGGUGGAUAUCGCGGAGGUUAUGGUCAAUCAAGAGGCGGGGGAGGUGGUGGUGGUGGAUACAACUCCAGUUACGGAGGAGGAGGCUACGGUGGUGACCAAGGAGGCUAUGGUAAUAGCACUCAGCAGUCGUACGGUGGUGGCGGUGGUGGCUACGGCAAUGGCGGCCAAGGCCAAGGUAACUGGAGAGGCGAUCAGCAAAACAGCUACAAUGCUCCCAGCGGCGGCGGUGGCGCUUGGUAGACCCCAAAAUUGCCUACCAUCAAGGCAAGAUUGUGAUCGGAUCCGAUUCCCGUUACCAUGUAGUGCGACUAUAAGAUAGCUCAAUCUAUUUCUUCUACGUGUAGCCUCAUGUUCGUUAGCUCAAAAAUUACGCAGGCCCUGUGACGGGCUCAAGCCCUCUUUCUUUUCUUCUCGUUUCCUCUCUUCAAUUCUAAAACUGUUAAAAUCAUCAGCUCUUUUGUCGCCAGUUUCAUUUGGUAAUCCAAACUGCUCCAUGAUCUAUCCCUUCUCGUCUCGACACUCUCGCCCUGUUCAGUCGAGAUAGACGUGUCAAACAAUAUCUGCGGGACAUGAGGCUGAAC